AUGUGCUCCCAGGAGGGUGAGGGCUACCGUCUCCUGAAGGAAUAUGCCAACGGCUUCAUGGUCUCCCAGGUUCUCUUUGCUGCCUGUGAGCUGGGGGUGUUUGACCUCCUGGCAGAGGCCCUGGAGCCCUUGGACUCAGCGGCAGUGUCUUCACGUCUGGGCUCCAGCCCCCGGGGGACAGAGCUGCUGCUGGACACCUGCGUGUCCCUGAAGCUGCUGCAAGCCGCCGUGAGGGGAGGAAAAGCUGUGUAUGCCAACACGGAGCUCGCCAGCACCUACCUGGUGAGAGGCAGCCCCAGGUCCCAGCGGGACAUGCUGCUGUACUCGGGCAGGACCGCUUACGUCUGCUGGCGCCACCUGGCUGAGGCAGUGAGGGAAGGGAGGAACCAGUAUCCGAAAGCCUUCGGGAUCCCGUCCGAGGAGCUCUUCUCUGCCAUCUACAGGUCCGAGGACGAAAGGCUGCGGUUCAUGGAGGGCCUGCAGGACGUGUGGAGGCUGGAGGGGGCGAGUGUGCUGGCCGCCUUCGACCUGUCCCCCUUCCCGCUCAUCUGCGACCUCGGGGGCGGUUCCGGGGCUCUGGCCAGGGCGUGCGUGUCCCUGUACCCGCGAUGUCGGGUCAUCGUCUUUGACAUCCCAGGAGUGGUGCAGAUGGCAAAGACACAUUUCUCAGCCUGGGAGGACGAGCGGAUCAGCUUCCAUGAAGGGGAUUUCUUCAAAGACCCCCUCCCGGAGGCGGACCUGUAUAUCCUGGCCAGGGUCCUGCAUGACUGGACCGAUGCCAAGUGCUGCCACCUGCUGCAGAGACUGUAUCGGGCCUGCAGGACAGGUGGCGGCGUGCUGGUCAUCGAGAGCCUCCUGGACGCGGACGGGCGGGGCCCCCUGACCACGCUGCUGUACUCGCUGAACAUGCUGGUGCAGACCGAGGGCCGUGAGCGGACGCCCGCCCAGUACUGCGCGCUCCUGGCCCCCGCCGGCUUCCGAGACGUGCAGUGCCGGAGGACGGGGGGAGCCUACGACGCAGUCUUGGCCAGAAAGUGAGCCCUGCAGCGUGUGACCCCCCCGUCAUGGCGCAAGGCCUGCGAUGAAGAGGCGGUGUCGGUCACGUUU